AUGCCACCUACUCUCGACUUGAGUAGGACGAGACACGCCAAAAUGAUCAUUUCUCCGCCCCGAAUCAACCUGCGGAGGGCAGCUUCUUACCACCACGACAAGGGACCCGUCUCUGCGACAUCUUCCCGUUUCAACUUCGACCACCUCAUGUUCUCUCCUCCUCCGUCACCAGGUCUACCGUCGCUCUCGCCCCCGCUGCGCAAACCGUCCAAAGGAUUCGCGGGAUUCGUCCGGCCCAGGAGGGUUGUCCGUUACAUCCUUUACAUAUGCGGACUUGUUUUGAUUUUCUACGCGCUCAAGUGGUUAUACACACACAGCCCGGUGCUCCCCUUCCUUUCUCGGCCGUAUGACCACUCGCUAGUGUCACGAGCCGACCUACCAGAUCACCCAGCGCCCAUCUUAUUGACCGAUUCGCGGGGCCGGACAAGCUGGACAGUUUCGAUACCCCAGGGCUCGGAGUUUCCUCUUACCGCCGAGGAGUUUACGAACGUGUGUGAAAAGUGUCGGGAAACGGCGGAACGGGUGCAGCAACUGAGAUCACAGAAGAGCAGCAUACCACAGACAUAUCUCGGGUUUCUUUCCGAUACGUCGGGCUCUCACUUUAUCGACGUCAAGGAGGCCCAUCAGGCUGGGUACCUACCUGCGCCCGCGUCCGCGGACAAAGCGCAAGACACGACGAUACCGAAGCCUGUGUGCGAGAAAAGCUUGACCUUUGUUCUCGAGUCAGACGAUGCUGGUCUGGGAAAGACUUUAAUGAUGCUCUGGACGGCGUACGGGUUGGCCCAAAAUGAGGGCCGCGCCUUUUUCAUCGACGACAGCCGCUGGGCCUACGGGAAGUACAUGGAUAUCUUCCAGGCACCUCCUCGCGAGGACUGCGGACCGCCUCCCAGACACGAGAUGCUUCCCUGCCCACUUGAAGCUCGCCAUCUAGUCGUUUCCACCUGGACAGCCAUUGACCUUUUCGGUGAGCUGCUUGUCGGAGGCUCCUCUGACGACCCGCUAGAGCGACUAAAACCGUCCGCGCAAAAGAAGAUGUUCAACCUCGCCCGCCUCGGCCACGAUGCGCUCUUCCGUCUCAACAAAGACGACAAUGUUUACGUCGACAACCGCGUCCGCGAUCUCAUGGCCAGGCGGAUCGUGCCCAAGACGAAAGGCAAGCAAAACGGUCUGGCCAUCGGUAUCCACGUCCGCCGCGGCGACCGCCACCCCUUUGAGUACCAGUACCGUUCUUCUUACAUGCCUGUCAACAUCUACGCCGAAACCGCACGCGAGAUUUUGGAAGACAAGUUCAAUCACACCGGCCCGCACGGGGCCGAAGAUGCCGUCGCCAAGUCCCACAGCCUCAUGAUUCUUGCCUCUGAUGACCCCAUGAUCUACCAAGCCACCGAGCUCAAGGGCGCAACACUGGCGCAGGAGCGCAUCAAGCUCGCCGCCAAGCAGGAGAUGAAGCAGCCCGAAAUCGACAGGAACGUGAUGCACAAGUUCCACGAUGAAGCGUUCGGCUGGGAGGGCGGCUUUUUCUCGGCCAUGUUCUGGAACUUGGGCCAGUCCAGCUCGAACGCAGAUGUGGAGGCUCACAAGAAAAGUCCAUCGGCUGAUGCGAUCCGGCUUAGGAGCCUGGUGGGCCGCGCGUACAUGAUGGACCUGGCUGUGCUGGCGGACGCGAGUGAUGUGGUGAUUUGCACGGUUAGUGCUGUGGGGUGCAGGUUGCUGGCGGUCAUGAUGGGCUGGGAGAGUGCGAUGGAGAAGGGCAAUUGGGUUAAUAUUGAUGGGGGGUAUGGGUGGAGGGGGGUUUCUUCGUGA